AAGGGACAAGCACAACUGCUCAAGUCACAGAGACAACAUCUUCAGCAACUUCUCCAAGUUCAAGUCCCACGACUGUCUCGACAUCCACAUCCAAAGUGACAAGCACAACUGUAUCCACAACUUCAAAAACAACAUCAACAACAACGAAGAAGCCCAUCCAGUGUGAAAACGGUGGAACCCCAAACGAGGACAAUCAAUCUUGCCAGUGUCCUCCUCCUUUCACCGGUCGCACAUGUGCAGUUAUCAACAGCGUCAUUUCUCCAGACACGCUCAACAGGACAGUUCAGACAACAAUUGAAGUUAAAGAGAGUUUCAUACCAGAAUAUGCAGAUAAAACUUCAAACGAAUAUGAGGAGUUUUCCAAAAGGUUCAAAGACGAGAUGACACCCAUAUAUACCAAAAAAGUGAAAAACUUCAAAGAAGUGGUGAACAUCACUCUGAAGGCUGCCACAGGUGGUGCUUCCAGGACCAGAAGGACUUUGUUCAGUGGGAUUUCUGUAAAAGAUACGACCAGUGAAAAUGUAAAUGCUGAACACGAUAUCGUUGUGGAGGUUCCCAACGACAAAGAGUCUGAAGAGGCCUUCGAUGAAAGCAUUGAACAGAUUAAUGAGACUCUUAAUGCUGUGGGAAACUGUUCAACACAAGCUAACAUUACAGAAUGUCCAUCAUUUGAAGUUGGAGAAGUCAAACCCCCGACGCCGGUGGCAUUUGAUGGAGACGCUUUCUGCAGGUCCGAGGUGGAGCCUGGUUUUGAGAAGUACUUUAUUCUUGCCGAGGUGAACGGGAAGCGCACCUGCAUCUCCCCGUGUGAAGCAGCCCAUCCUCAACCCAAAGGGUGCCAGAAUGACGGCACCUGUGAGGUGUUAAGAGAGGGACCCACCUGCUACUGCAGACACACAGAGCAGAACUGGUACCUGGGCUCUGACUGUAGCUACCCCGUGCACAAGGUUGGGUUCUACGCCGGCCUAGGGGCGUGUGCUGCUCUUCUGGUGGCCUCAGUCGGCGUGCUGUCUGCUUGCGUCAUACUGAAGCAGAGGAAGCAGAAACGGGAGAAGGACAUGAAGAAUGAGCUGGUGAAUCAGUGGAUGGAGGAUGACUUUGAGUGGCCCACCUCUGGUAGAACAUCACACACACCGUCAGCAGGGGCGAAUGCCAACCCUGCCUAUCAGAGUGGGAGUUUGUACACGCAGCAGGGACUGGGUCUGCCAGGCCUCCAGUCUAGGCCAGCACCGGGCCAGAUGAGGGCCAGAACCGACCCACACUGGACUUCCCUACAGCAGGUUCCCUCACACAGAACCGACCCACACUGGGCUCCCCUACAGCAGGUCCCCUCACACAGAACCGACCCACACUGGGCUUCCCCACAGCAGGUUCCCUCACACAGAACCGACCCAUACUGGACUUCCCUACAGACCUCCUCUAUUAGCUCUUUUGACAUUUAG